CAUUCAACAUCAACACCAACUGGAGAUACACGCUUUUCUAUGGAAUGAGACAGGAAGGAAUCUUAAAAGUAACUGGUAACUAAAGCUGUCGAACAAAUGUAAUGGAGUAAAAAGUACAAUAUUUCCCUCUGUGAGUGGUGGAGGAGAAGGAUGAAGUACAGCAUUUAAGUAAAUGUACUUCGUUACAUUUCCCCAGCAGUCAGUAAACAGGGCAGUGAGCUGAUCUGAUCUGAGAUCUGAAGAAACAGCUCAGCCCUCAUUCCAGAGCCGCUGACUCACACUGGGGGAAAGUGAAAGUGAAAGUGGGGCGAGUCGUUCGAGCCGAAGCAGUCAGAGGAAACUGACCUCCUCAAAAAAACAACAGCUGCAAGCGCAGACAGGAGGAAGAGGAGCAGACUGCCUUCGUCUUCCUCGCAGCACCAUGUCGGACCCUCGGCUGUGUCUGGAGGCUCUGUCGGCUCUGUCCGGCUGCAGCGUCGAGGCUACCACCGGAGCCUCGCUGCUCACCCCGCAGGACUUUGUCAACAUCGUGGCCCUGAAGGAGUUUUACAAGCAGGAAGGGCUCAAAGAGCUGGAGUACCCCAGCUUAGGGACGUUAUCCCUGCACGACAUAGACGGCCAGGACCUGUACAGCUCCCCCCCGGCGCUGACCGAAGGCCCCAGCACCGCCGGGCCGGACAGCAGCCUCAGAACCACGCUGAAGAUCAACCCCAAGGACUUCUUCCACCCGCGCUACGACUACGACUUCACCAACAUAGAGGAUGGUGACACCACGUUCUUGCGUGGGAAUGAGCCCUACGUUCGUCCCUGUGGGUGGAACCGGGUCGCCCUGCAGGUCAAGGGGAGAUAUGACGGCGGGGACGGCUGGCUCGGGACGGGGAAGGACGCCUGGCCCGUGUCCUACAACGGACACAACAUGGACGGCUCCCUCGGCAUCAUCCUGACCCGCAGAGACACCUCCGCCGACCAGCCGGAGUUUCUGGAUGCCGCCGCCGCCUGUCUGGUCACCAAGGAGACGAGGGGCCGAGGCGUGUACUCCACGCCAGACAUCAAUAUAGCAGAGGAGUACUGCAAGACGUUCACGUCCGAAGUGGACGGGAGGAAGUACAAAGUGGUUCUUCAGAAUCGCAUCAACCCAGAGAAGAGGGUGAAGUGUCAGAGAGAAGACAUCUGGCUGGUCUACGUCCCCGAAGGCUGCAACGACGUCCAGACGAGGACCAUCGUACAGGAGUCCAUCCGACCGUACGGGCUGCUGCUGAUGAAGGAGAGACGAUACGACCAGAAGCAUUUCUUCAAGGUUACCAGGAAAAUACCUUCAACCUGAAGCUUUCUUCACUAUUAACAAAGAACAAAGAAAAGAAAUCUACAAAGGUGGUUUCACAGUCGCUCAGGUUGAGGUCCUGUGUGUUUGCUUUGCUUUUCCCCCUCAAACGCAGACUUUAUCUAAUCAAUCUGUAAAGCCUGACAGCAUUAAUCAAAGCCGGUUCAGCUCUCUGCAUCAUGAGUUCAAAUGUAAGAAAAGACUGUGGGAAAGAGAAAGCAAGACGGAAAGCUCAAGCUGGGCCUCCUGGAGGAGUCCCUGUGCAGGCCCUGUGCAUCAGAGAGGUGGAUCCAUGCUGCCACCUAGUGGAUCAAAUGUGAUGGUUUCCGUCUUUCUUUCCUGGAGGGAACGAAUGAGUGAUCUGUAGUGAAUUGUGUGUAUUUUCAUUUAAAGACGAGAAGUAUUUGAUUUAAAUUGCUACCUAGCGUUUUUUUUCCUUCACUGUUGCACGAUAUGAUCAAACUGAACUGGACUGAUGAUCAAUAUCUGGUGAAAUUAAGUGUUUCUUAUUCCACUGGUGCAGAUUUGAAGUCAUCAAACCUGCUGAGCUGAUUGAUCUGAUUUGAUCUGAUCUGAUCUGAUUGGAUCUGAUCUGAUCUGAUUGGAUCAUUACACCGUGGGAAGCAUUAUGAGAUAUGAUGGCGCUCGGAUGUUUAUUGCAGUUGGCUGUAAUUUUAAAGAAUGUGUUUCUUUGUCUCACACACUGUCUGUGCUCCAUGUAUGACUGCAUAUUAAUUAAAUUUGUGAGGGAUUAAUUACUGA